AUGGCUGCUACGACCUUCAAGAUUACCGUCCUCGGCGGCGACGGCAUUGGCCCCGAGAUUGUCCAGCAGGCCGUCCGCGUCCUCAACGUUGUCACUGAGAAGACCCCCACUCUCAAGCUCGAGCUCACUGAGAAGCUCUUUGGCGGUGCCGCCAUUGACGCUACCGGCACCCCCCUCCCCGAGGACACCCUCAAGUCGUGCCAGGAGGCUGACGCUGUUCUCUUCGUCUCGGAAACACGUACUGACGUUGCAGGUGCCAUCGGUGGCCCCAAGUGGGGUGUCGGCCCUGUCCGCCCCGAGCAGGGUCUCCUUGCCCUCCGCAAGGCCCUCGGUCUCUACGCCAACAUUCGUCCCGCCAACUUUGCUUCGGAGGGUCUCCUGAAGCACUCGCCUCUCAAGGCCGAGGUCGCCCAGGGCACCGACAUCAUUGUCGUCCGCGAGCUCAUCGGCGGUAUCUACUUUGGUGAGCGCGGUGAGGCCAACGAGGAGGGUGUCGCCUUUGACACCUGCACCUACUCGGUCGGUGAGAUCCAGCGCAUUACCCGUGUCGCUUGCCAGAUUGCUCUUGCCGCCAACCCCCCUCUCAAGGUCACCUCGCUCGACAAGGCCAACGUCCUCGCCACCUCGCGCCUGUGGCGCAAGACCUUCGAGGAGGUCAUGACCAAGGAGUACCCCCAGCUCCAGUACGAGCACCAGCUCGUCGACUCGGCUGCCAUGAUCCUCGUUGCCAACCCCCGCAAGCUCAACGGUGUCGUCGUUACCGAGAACCUCUUUGGUGACAUUAUCUCGGACGAGACCUCGGUCAUCCCCGGCUCGCUUGGUCUCCUCCCCUCGGCGUCGCUCGCCGGUGCCCCCGACGCGUCCAAGACCGUCCAGGGUAUCUACGAGCCCAUCCACGGCUCGGCUCCCGACAUUGCCGGCAUGGGCAUUGCCAACCCCAUCGGCACCAUCCUCUCGGCCGCCAUGAUGCUCCGCUACUCGCUCGGCCAGGCCAAGGCUGCCGAGGCCAUCGAGGCUGCCGUCCGUAAGGUCCUCGACCCCGUCGAGACUGGCGGCUUCGACUUCCGCACCAAGGACCUUGGCGGCAACAAGUCGACCACCGAGAUGGGUGACAAGAUUGUCGAGGUUCUUGCCACCAUCCUCUAA